AAGAGGCGCUCAGCUGUAGCCCUGGCAAAGAGCGAAGCGUGCGGUCCGGAGAGAGACGCUCCUCCAACAGUUGACAGCGGUGCGGACAGAGGGAGUACCCUGUGGUAGAGUAGUGGGGACAAGACACUUUGGGGCGGACGGUGUACUUUUUGUUCAUAAUGAUGGCUGACCACCAUUUGCACUAUAGCGACUCAGCGGCGAUCGGAAAUCGAUUUGCACGCAAAGGAGCUCUGCGCCAGAAAAACGUCCACGAAGUGAAAAACCACAAAUUUACUGCGAGGUUUUUCAAGCAGCCGACCUUCUGCAGCCACUGCACGGACUUCAUUUGGGGUUUUGGGAAACAAGGAUUCCAGUGCCAAGUGUGCUGUUUUGUGGUUCACAAACGCUGCCAUGAGUUCGUCACCUUCUCCUGCCCAGGAGCUGACAAAGGGCCGGACACUGACGACCCCAGAAGCAAGCACAAGUUCAAGAUCCACACGUACGGCAGCCCCACUUUCUGUGACCACUGUGGCUCCCUGCUCUACGGACUCAUCCACCAGGGGAUGAAGUGCGACACCUGCGACAUGAACGUGCACAAGCAGUGUGUGGUCAACGUUCCGAGCCUGUGCGGGACGGACCACACAGAGCGCCGCGGACGCAUCUUCCUCAAGAUAGAGGUCACCGGCGACAGGCUGCACAUCACAGGUGGGACCAGCGCUGGUGGGACGCCGCCUCCACUCCGCCUCUCUGGGAAACACUGGAACCCCGUUCUCACACACACCGUUCUGUCAUCUUGUGUUGUGUUGUUCAUGAUGUAUAUCAAAUGUUCCAUUCAUCAUAUUUUAACUGCGGUUUUUCAGUACUAUACACAGUACUCACACGUUUGUUCUAUUUGUUAUUCAAUAUGUAUUUAUUUAGUGCUGUUAAACGUCAAAAGGAGAAUCACUCAGACAUUUUAUUUUAUAUUGGCAGUUAACUGCAUAAAAAAUGUACAUUGAUAUUGCAUGCUUACAUUAAAAAAUACAUUCAAAAGCAUAUUUUCUACUCGUUAGGUUUGGUUGCCGGUUUAAAUUUUCCUCUGUUCUUACAUUCAUGAGCAAGUCAUUCAACCCUUGUGCGCUCCUGUUAGCUGGCAUUAGUCGUCCACAACAGAUACUCCAUGGCCGUGAAAAAGAAUGCGUGUGUCGAUGAAUGAGAGUGCAUUCAUUUGCACUUUGAACAGCCCAUCGGGACUCUGUUAAAGUGCUGGGUGAUUACAGUGUUUGUCCGUUACAUGUUAUGAUGUAUUUUAAAGGACAUGAACUAGCAACCACUGAAAGGCCAGAGAGAGAGAGAGAGAGAGAGAGAGAGAGAGAGAGAGAGAGAGAGAGAGAGAGAGAGAGAGAGAGAGGGGGGGAGAGAAAGGGAGAGAGAGGGAGAGAGAGGGAGAGAGAGGGAGAGUGAAAAAUAUUAUGCGUGGAAAUCUGAAAAGAGUUUAAAGGUUGAACGGACAUUUGAACUGUGGUGAUGACGCUUUUACAUUUAAGGGCUGAUCUUGAAAAAACGUGAUUGUUGCGGCGUGCGGCGGUGCUUGGUAGCAGUUGGGGUCAUUCCUGGGAGAGAAUGGCGGAAAAAUAAGAUGAAAAGCAAAUCUUUGUAUUGAAAUGUGUGUGUGCGAAUAUUGACUGUAUUGUCUUUGUAAAUGAGCCAGUCAAAUGAGCAGCACCUUUGGUUGAUACAUUAACAGUACAGUGAACCCCUCCACAGUCCUGCUCAACAAGCCUUCCCGCACUCUCACACACACACUCACACACAAACACACACACACACACACACACACACACACACACACACACACACACACACACACACACACACACACACCACACACACACACACACACACACACACACACACACACACACACACACACACACACAAACAAAACAAAACAAAA